CCUCAGCAACAAGUGAGGUGCUGAUUGGAUCGCCCCGUGGCCAGAGCCCGCUGGCAAACCCUCGGCACAUCUGACGGUGUGACCACGGACCCUGCUCCGCUGCAGCGCCCACGGGAGAGGAGACGUGCGUUGACCAUCUCAGCAGGGGAACAAAAGAAAAGGGGUGAGGUGUAGCGCUCCCCACCCCGGGGUGCAGGAGCGGGGCCCCCGGAGGUGCACGGCCCCGGUCGGCGGGCACGGCACGGCCCUAAGCAUGACAGAAGAAUUCCUGGUGGCGUCCGGCAUGCCCGAGUGCAACGGGAGCGUACCGCCGGAGAAGGGCCCGCUCCAGGUCAUCGGUGUCAUUGAUGAAAUAGCAAAAUCUGUCGGGAUGGUUCCUUAUGCCAAUGCAGAAAUGAGCCCUGACGCUCCGCUUGCAGAAGGAAAUCAGGACGAAAAUAGAAAUUCGUUGGCAGAGGACAUAGUACGUGGGGAUUUUGAUGGAGAGAAGCAAUGCGAAGAAAAGCGAGAGGAAAACGAUGGGAUGCUACAGCAGGGACCAGCUGAUACCCAGGGCACGGGGACCGCCGGCCAGGAGUCGGAGGAAGGGCCGGGCAGCGAGGGGACGGCGGCCAGCCCUGGCGCGGAGGCAGUGGAGACCCUUGAAGCCAGCGCCGAUGGGAGAGGGAACGCAGCUGAGGAGGAGGAGGAGGAGGAGGAGGAGGAGGAGGACACUGAAGAGGAUGAAGUUCAGGUGAUUGAAAUCAAGAAGGAGAACAGCGAGGCGUCCUGUCUAAAGCAGCAAGACAGCAGCAAGGAGGCAUCUCCCCCGACCAGCCCGGGCUCCAACUCCCAGGCAGAGAAACCAGGGGAGCAGCCCAGCCUGGGGAAAAAAAAUGAUAUCUCCAGACACAGCUAUUCCAGAUACAACACAAUCUCCUACCGGAGGAUUAGAAAAGGAAACACCAAACAGCGAAUCGAUGAAUUUGAAUCCAUGAUGCACUUAUAAACUGAGGUGAAUUGCUUAAUGAGCCGAGCGUUCACUCUGGUCUUUUCUUUUUUGUUUCCCCAAGACGUGUCUCUUCACACAACGUGAGGUCACUGCUUUUUUCCUUUUUGUAUAUGAUUUCAUAAUUCACUGUGAAAAUUUAACAUCUUUGCUUUGACAGCGGGCAGAGACAUCCAUAGUGGAGGAAAAUAAAUAAUCAGUUUGCUAAAUAUAAUACCACUUGAUUUAAAGUUUAUCCUCUUAUUUUCUAUCCAACUUUUGUAACCAUAUUCAAACAAUAGGAUGUCUUGAACUGGCUGGGGCUUCUCUAGCUGCCGACACACACGUGAUCCAUGCCGUCAGCCGUGCUGGUAAUGAGUUGGCAGUGCAGCAGCUCCAGUAGCACUGGCCAGGGCAGCGUGAAUAAUAAAAGAGACGACUGUUUGCAACCGCAGCGUGCUCUGUUUUGCUGUCCAUCCGUGCUGGCAUCUCACGGAGCACUGACAGCCGCCUCCUGCCAGCCACCGUCCAUUUCCACCGUGCUGGUGGGACGGAGGGAUAUUUGCAUUUGUGGGUAGAUGCUGAUGUGCAGCAACUAAAAAAGAUGGGAGGGCAUCAAGGCCCCUGUUCCCCCGCCACCCCAGCACCCCCACAGCUGGAUUCCUUAUUCCACUGUAGUCAGCACCAGACAGGGCUGGUACCAUCCGCUGGCCUCUGCCCGUUGGGGUGAGAGGUGUCAGCGUGGACGUCUUUA